CACUGGAGCCAGGCCGCGCCCCGCAGUCUGAGCUCCAUCCCCGGGAGGACAGAUUGCUGUGCUCUCGGACUCUUCUCUCCACAUCGUCUCUCGUGCCUCCAGUGUCUCCCGUGUCUCUUGUCUCCCGCGUCUCUUGUCUCCCGUGUCCAGGAUGUCCGGGGUGGCCUCGCGCCUCGCCAAGGAGCGCGCGCUCGCGGCGGGUUUCGGUACAAACGCCCGGGCGGUGCCGUUUCUGAACCAGCGCUUUGAGGAUCUGCGGGCGGAGUGCGCGCGCAGCGGGCAGCUCUUCUGCGACAGCAUGUUCCCCGCGUCUGCGCAGGCGCUCGGCUUCAAAGAGCUGGGCCCGGGCUCCUACAAGACCCGCGGGGUCACGUGGAAACGCCCCACGGAGCUGGUGUCAAACCCUGAGUUUGUUUUGGGCGGAGCCACAAGAACAGACAUCUGUCAGGGAGCUUUAGGUGACUGCUGGUUGCUCGCGGCAAUCGCAUCUCUGACGCUAAACGAGUUUGUGAUGGCUCGAGUCGUGCCUCAGGACCAGAGCUUCGGAGACGACUACGCCGGAAUAUUCCACUUUCAGUUCUGGCAGUUCGGUGAGUGGGUGGAUGUGGUGGUGGAUGACCGUUUACCGGUGAAAGACGGAGAGCUGCUCUUCGUGCACUCGGCCGAAAACCGUGAGUUCUGGAGCGCUCUGCUGGAGAAGGCCUACGCCAAGUUGAACGGCUGUUAUGAGGCGCUCUCUGGGGGCACCACCACGGAGGGUUUUGAGGACUUCACUGGAGGCAUCGCUGAGAACUUUGACCUGAGCCAACCUCCAUCAAACCUGUUCCACAUCCUCCAGAAAGCCCUGGAGGCCGGAGCUCUGCUGGGCUGCUCCAUCGACAUCACCAGUGCUGCAGACUCUGAGGCGGUGACUCGACAAAAGUUGGUGAAAGGCCACGCCUACUCUCUGACGGGCGCCGUGGAGGUAAACUAUCGUGGUCAGAAGGAGAAACUGGUCCGAGUGAGGAACCCCUGGGGCCAAGUCGAGUGGACGGGCGCCUGGAGCGACGGGUCCUCUGAGUGGAACUAUGUCCAGGGAGACUGCCCUCACGCCAAUGCAGAGGACGGAGAGUUCUGGAUGUCAUACAAAGACUUCUGCAGACACUACUCUCGUAUCGAGGUUUGCACGCUGACCCCGGACGCCAUCUUGGAUGACUCAUUGAAACACUGGAGCACGGCCAAAUACGACGGGACCUGGAGACGUGGCUCCACGGCUGGAGGCUGCCGUAACCACCCCUAUACGUUCUGGACUAACCCUCAGUUCGUGAUCCGCUUGAGUGAGGAGGACGAUGACCCUGAUGAUGGAGAGAACGGCUGCAGUUUUGUGGUGGGACUUAUCCAGAAGAACCGCAGAAAACUGAGGCGUCAGGGAGAAGACAUGCACACCAUUGGCUUCGCCAUCUACGAGCUCCCCCCUCAGUUCCAUGGUCAGUCAGAGGUCCACUUGGAUAAAAACUUCUUCCUGACCCAUGCGUCGGCCGCUCGCUCUGAGACCUUUAUAAACCUGAGGGAGGUGUGCAACCGCUUCAGACUGCCUCCCGGAGAGUACCUGAUCGUACCCUCGACCUUUGACCCCAACCUCAACGGAGACUUCUGCAUCCGAGUGUUCAGCGAGAAGCAGCAGCAGACUGUACCCUGUGAUGACCCGGUCGAUGCAGAUCUUAAGGAUGAGACGGUCAGUGACUCAGAGGUGGAUGCAGGAUUCAGAGGACUCUUCACUAAACUUGCUGGACCGGACAUGGAGAUCUCGGCUCCAGAGCUCAGGACCAUCAUGAACAAGAUCGUCUCCAAACGAAGUGACAUCAAGACAGACGGCUUCAGUCUGGAGACGUGUCGUGUGAUGGUCAACCUCAUGGACGACAGUGGAAACGGGAAACUUGGCCUGGGGGAGUUUGCGACUCUGUGGAAGAAGAUCCAGCGAUACCUGGAAAUUUACAAGAAAAAUGACAUUGAUAAUUCUGGAACCAUGAGCACCCCAGAAAUGAGAGUCGCCUUCAAGGACGCAGGUUUCACCCUGAAUAACGCCGUGUACCAGCUCCUCGUGGCUCGUUACGCUGAGCCUGACCUGACCCUCGACUUCGAUAACUUCACUGGCUGUUUGAUGAGACUGGAGAUGAUGUUCAGAAUUUUCAAGAAACUGGACACGAACAAAUCCGGCUCCAUCGAACUGAACCUGCAACAGUGGCUGAAUUUCUCCAUGAUCUGAUGACAUCAUUUCCUGUUUGUGGAUGACAUCACUUCCUCUGUUCAUUAUUCAUCUUUUAAUUCAAGUAUUAAACUGAAUUUUUAUUUCAAAUGUAAAACUUAACAGCUGUAACUCUAAGUUUUAAAAAUGACUUUGGGAUCAAACCUUCAAUAAAAAAACUCCAACCC